AUAUGGCAUUAUUUAUCAUUUACCUUGAUAGAAUGAACUGUUUUCAUUAGAAGCAAUGUUCCUCUGUUCUCUGCUUCCUUCGAGAAUUAUCUACCUUUGUAUGAUUAUUUGCUUGUAUUACAUAUUGUAGUAAAUUUAGUUUUUUAUUUUCUCAGUUAGUUACAAUCAACUAAAUUGUAUAUAUAUACUUCCUUUGUGGAUUGAUUCAUUUUCUUGGCAUCCAAACAGUUCCUUUUUCAAUCUUUUUUCUACUAUGGCUGAUUUUCUUAUCUCUGAUCAAUUAACUUAUGUAAGGAAUCGAUGUUUCCUCCAUCCACCCGACUAUCCUCCUCUAUCGCUCGUUUCUCAACCUCUCACGACUGAUAACUAUAGCGCAUGGAAGCGUUCGAUGUUAAUGGUCUUAUCCGCCAAGAAGAUGGUCAGUUUCAUCAAUGGUUCAUUCCCUAAACGAGGUUCUUCGUCAACCCAGUUGCUUCUUGCCUGGGAUAGAUUGAAUAACAUGGUUAUUUCUUGGAUCCGCCGCUCUGUAUGCAAAGGAAUAGCUGCCACCAUCUUGGAUCAUGGUUCUGCCUCCGAUGUUUGGACGGAUAUUGAAUAUCGUUUCAGUGUACCACCUCUAAUCUUUCACAAGAAUCUCUCCGAGUUAUCUCGAGGAGAUUACUUGAUGCACAAGUCAGUAUCACUUUUGCAUAUUAAAGAUCCAUUGUUUAAAAGAAUUGCAGCUUCUAGAUUAGCCCGGUUCGCAAUCGACGAUCGAAGAAGGUUGAAAAUAGUGAAGAUUGGUGGAGCUCAAGAGCUGUUGAAUAUGUUGGUAUAUGCCAAAGAUGAACUCACACAGAAAGAGGCUCUGAAAGCUCUUAAUGCAAUCUCAAAAUCAGAUGGAGCACUUAAAGCUUUACAUAAUGCCGGGGCAAUCUCGGUUAUAAUGUCUAUUCCGGAUACCUCCGUUGAUGCCGAAAUCGGGACGUACAAAACCGAGUUAUUGAAGAGAUUUCGAGAUUCGGGAUACGAUGUUUCGUCCUGAUAAGUUUUCAAGCCAUUGAUUUUGGGGGUUUUAUGCCUUUGGUAAUUAUGAAGUUCAAAAUUUCACACAUUGUGGCAUUGGCUUUGUUUCCUUUACAUGUUCACUCAAGUAUUAGACUGUGUAAUAUGGCUUUUCUAUAGUGAAGUAGAUGGCAGCAUAUAUGACCGAUGAUAUUCGGACCGUUGAUAUUA